AUGGAACCAGUAUUUCGAGCUGGACGACUUAACAAAAUUGCAGAUCAUCUAUCAAGAUAUCCAAUAGAAGAUAACCAAGAAGAAAACACAAUCAAAGUUUGUUUAGCAGUUUUUACACCACCAAACAGCCGUAUUUUAAUAGCACAAAAUACAGAUCCAUUCUGCAAACAAGUAGCCAAGGAGCUAUCCAGUAACAAACAGGACAAUCAAUGUAAACAAUAUAAAGAAUUGUACAGAUAUGAAAAUGAAAUUCUUGUUUUCAUUCAAAAAGAACAUGGCCGUGAACAAGCGAAAAUUGUGAUUCCAUUUUCAGUCAGGCAAUCCGUAUUCAAACUUUGUCAUGAUGACUCGGGACAUUUUGAUGUUGUUAAAACGUUAGCCAAAAUACGUUCAAGAUAUUGGUGGAGCACAAUGCGUCAAGACACUAGGUUGUACAUUAAGGGUUUACAGGUUAUGUAUCAUCACAAGACAGGUAAAGUGUUACUCCUACUAGACAAUGCACCCACUCACCCAUCCGCCAAAGUAUUGAAUUUAAUUGAUCCAGAUUAUAAAGUCAUGUUUUUUCCACCAAAAGUAACGUCUUUGAUUCAACCCAUGGAUCAGGGAGUAAUCGAAAAGUUCAAAAGAAUGUACCAAAAACAAAUGUUGAGGAGACUUUUAUUAAAUGAAGGCACUGGAGAGAGUGUUGUUGCAUUUUCAAAAUUAUUGAAUUUGAAACACUGCUGUUACAUGGCAGCAGUUGCCUGGGAUAAUUUGACUGAGGAAAAUUUACGAAAUGCUUGGAAGAAGUUGUGGGUUGCUUCUAUGGAGUUAGAAGCCGAAGAAGAAACUGAUCUAAAUAAUCUUGAUGAUUUUGAAAAAGAGAUAUGA